AUGCGCCAAUCCACUCGCGCCACUCGCCCUUGCGACUUCUGUGAGCCUGAAAGCCCUCCACCACCUGUUCGACCUCUUCUUCCCUGGCCCUCUCACCGUCCUGUCGCCAGACCUGUGCCUAUCCCCUUUGCCAGUAUCAACGGGCCUCAGUCGCCACGGUCUAUGGUGUUCGAAGCAUCGUAUGAUCUUGAGUCUGCGGCCAACCUUUUCCCAGUGGUGAUCUCUCUGCGACGUGUACUACGGUAUGAUUCCGACCCACCGUCCCCUCGUGACCAGCCGCCCAGCGUCCAUGGUACGGUGGAGUCCGAGCCCGUCAACAGGGAGUUCGUUGUCGAGGGCCGCUUGAUCAAGUGCUUCAUCUCGCACCUAGAAAACCCGCUGCCCUCGCUCUGUGCAUCUCUAUCGACGCCUCCUUCCUCCAUUGUCUGCUCAGUCCCAGUCCGCCGCUGCUAUGGUGUUGAGGAAGAGCAACGCAGUGGACGAUUUGGGGGGCUUGGAGGCCAUCGACUAGCCUACAAGAGCACCGUGCUGUUGGGCUAUGCUGAUGAGGGGAUGUCGAUGCUCCUCAGGUCUUGGUUCAGAGACAUGGAGAACGAGCAGGUGGCUGCCUCCAGCGACAAGCCAGACAACUUGGGUGCUGCCGCUUCCAACCCUUUGUUGGUCACUUCGUCCGGUCUCAUUGGCGCAGCCCUCGGUGAAGAGGACAUGCGCUUCUCCAGCAACGAAGCUGAGCUCGCUCAUGAGCUGCCGCCGGUGGCGGUUGACUUGACUGGGACUACCGCGUUAUCUCCUCAUGAUGGAAUAAUACCAGAAGAUGACUGA